AAGAUAGAAUUUCUAGCAGAAACAGCAAGAAUUUUUCGUUCUCUUUCUCUACACCUCUCUGAACCACCUUUUUGUUUUAUUUCGUUGUAAUCGUUCUGCUCUACGUGCAUACAAAAGUAUACAUUCGUAUACGUGUCAAACAGAACGAUAAAAAAUAAGAAAAAAAAGAGGUCAUUCAAAGAGAAAGAGAUAGGAGUAAAUGAGUACGUUUUGCUCAUCUUUUUAUGCUCUUUUGAAUGAUUCAAUUUUUAUUGAAUCGGUACGAGAUCGACAAUUCCAAACUGUUUGAUAUGAUUUAACAAAAAUGACCAUAAUUGAUCAGACCUUAUGGUAUCAUCAUCUUCUUUCUUUGACAACGAAAUAAUUUCUUCUUUAAUAUUGCUAUCAUCAUAUACAACACGUUGAUGAGUCAUUUUUAUUGAUGCAGGAAAAUAGUCUAUUUUACUCUAGAUUAUAUGAACUGGCUUCAUCACUUAAUUGGAUAUUAUUGUUUUAAAUUAUCAUAUAAACAUUUAAUAUAGCACAAUUCAUUUUGUAAUUGAUUCUUAUCUAAAUCGUCUAUUUGAAAUACAUCAUCAUCAUCAUCUAAAUAUUCUCUUAAGUAAGCAAUUGAAAUGAUUGAUUAUGAAAAAUUCAAAACUUUUCAAAUAACUCACUGCUAUCAUCGAAAUAAGAGCUACCAUAAUCGAUUACUUUAUUGAUAAAUAAGUCAAAUUCUUUCACUAAGCAUUCACUUGUAUUGUUGUUAAUUUCUAUUAACUAUUUUAAUACUAAACGCAUAUUACAGGCAUAAUAAUUAUCGAAUAACUUUUAAUGUAGCUUGGUGAUCAGGAAAUACAUUUCGUUAAUUUAAUCGUUGUGAUAUUUUCUUUGAAAGAGAAUAAAACAAUCUUAGUUCACAACUAAAAAUAUUUCUAUAAUGAUAAAAGAUGAAAAACAGUUCAGAAGAAAAAAGUUCAUAAUAAUAACAACAACAGCAUCAACAAAGAGGAGAAGAACAAAAAGAAAACAUGACAAAUGGCGAGAAAGAUCAGUCAGAAAGAAAGUAUAGAAAAAUGAGCACUAUAGAAUGAGUUCUAUGAGCGGUUGUAUAAUCUUUCGAUAACAAUAAAAAAUCAUUCUGUCUCCUUUUUACUUAUAUUUAAAUAGGACAUCAAUUUUUGACUAGUUUGAGUAAAUGAUGAACAAUACCAAAUGUCCCAAAAAAUUGCAUCAACGUUGGUAAAUUCAUACCAUACGUAUUUAUGACUAUGAUUAGGUCAUUAGUAAACGACGAAGCUCUUCAUAAAUAUGAACCAGUUAUAGCCAUAUACUUAUUUAUGCAAAUUUUUUAGACAUUUGAACACAACCUAUCUAAAAUAUAAGUCACAAAGAGGCAGUUGAACCUGGUUAUUGUAUGAUGCUUACUAAUUUCCUACUUAUUUUGAAGAAUGAAUAUUUCAAGAUUUAAUUUUAAUCAAAUAUCCAUUUGGACUUCAUUGAAUUAAUUGCUUAGUUCUAUCAUAUUUUAAUUUCAUCUUUAGAUAUAUUCAAAGUGUUCGUGAUGCUGAUAAUCAAAAUGAAAUGUAUAGUAAGAACACGACAGCCAAAUUAUAAACAACCACACAGCAACAUUUACUGUUGGACCAUUUCUGCUUUAAUAAUACUUUUCCGAUGGUUAUUGUGGAUGCCAUCCAGUUGUGUAUUUGUCACACGAAUCAUCACUGAAAAGAAAUCAAUGAAAAUAUUUUAUUCAUUAUAUAUACAUAAAUCAUUGAGCAUGAUGUUAAUAAAAGGACUAAUGUAGAAUGCUCUUUUAUAUAAACAUCACAUUUUAUAUUGUACACAUUUUUUCCACGUCUUUUAUGUCAUUUUAUCUAGCUUCGCAUCAGUCUGACCAAACUGAUUAGCAAGAACCAUACCAUUGAUGAAUCAUUUCACAUCAACGUCAUUAAUACAGUAUACACAAUCUACGCUGUCCCAAGGAUAAAAAAUAUAUUUGCUUUUCAAUUGUUUCGUUUUUUCUCUUUCUCUUGUAUUACUACAUAUAAAUUUUUUGCAUCAUUGUACAGGUAGUAGAGUCAACAAUAUUCGUAUACACAUUAAAUUUUUUGUUUGCUUAUUAUUUUGUUUUAUUAUAUAUUUAUUUAAAAAUAACUCAUCUUUGUGAUAUUUGAUAGAACAAAAAAAAAUAAAGCAAAGAAAAGAAUAAUAUCCUAUUUAACUUUUUCCAGUUUUCGAGUGUACAUAUGCAUUAAAAUAUUUUUUUUUGAAAGUUGAUUGUGUUUUCUAGUCAAUAACCUUCACAAAGGUCACACAUUCUAUUACCAAGAAUCGAUGAUAAUUAUGUAGCUCUGAAUUGAAGUGACAAUGCCACUAAAGAUGCUGACUCAAUUAGAAUUCCGCUUAGAUAUUUUUGUAAUUUUAAAAGUGAAGAUGGGAAUAUGUAACAAGUUCAUUUUUUAUAUUCAUUCUAUAACAUUAUCUUGCAAAUCAAUCUUUAAAAUUAUGAUUAGUCAAACAAUUUCAACUGAAUUUUCAACUUCACUUUUAAAUUUAUUAAAAGUUCUAAACAUAAUUUUAAUACAAUUCAUUGCAUUAGCAAGACAGGAAGAUUGUGAUUUUAAAUGAUUUAGACAAAUGGAGAGAAUUACAAAAAAGAAACUUAUUAAAGCCCAACGUGAUAUUGAAUUUGUGAGCAUGUUUCUAAUUAAUGGUUGAACACUAAAGUUCGUUAGAUUCAAAUUAUCUAAUAAAAAUCAUAUAAGAUCAAUAAAAGCAAAAACAAUGUUCAAAGGCAAUUACUUUUUUCUGAAUAUUUCGUGCAACAAAAAAUUAAGAAAUAAAUUUGAUCAAAACAAAAGAAGUCUUUUUGAUAUAUUUGAAAUACAUCAUUGUAUAAAAUUAAACAAUUAAUCUUUUUAUUGGGGAUAGAAAUGAAAGAGAACGUAUUAAAAAAGCUCACGACUCAAAAUUAUCUUAAUUAUUGGGAGCAGUAGGUGAUCAUACUCAAUCAUUGUUAUCAAAUAUAAAUAAACUAGUAUAUAAGUUAUCAAGUAAACAACUUACAACAGCACAAAUGAUACUCUUGAGUAAAGGAUGGAAGUUUUGUGUAGAAGGAAACAUAAUGAAUCCAUUAAACGCACAAACUGAAAAUUGAAUAUAAUAUUUAUUUAUUGAAAAAACAAGUUGAUGAAAAGAAGAUUGAUUUGAUGAAAAUGAUAGAAGACAUUAACACAGCCACCCACGAAUAUAAAUAUAUAUAUAUAUAUAUUUAUAUCUAAUUUAAGUAGUCAUGAAACUCAUGCUCUUAAACAAUUAAAAGAAGAUCGAUCAAGUGUUAUUUUAAAAGCAGAUAAAGGAAACGUCAUAGUUAUUAUGGACAAAACUGAUUACAUGAACAAGAUUAAAGAACUUUUAGAUGAUCAAAGUGAAUUUUGUUCAGUUAAUAAUGAUGAAUCUGCUGUUCAUGGAUCAUUAAGAGAAAGAAAAAAUAGAGCCAUUAACAAAGAACAAAGUUAA